AUGGCACAAGACGCUCUUACCCAGCCGGCUGGUGUGAGGAAGUCCGGCGGUCGACCCAAGAAAUCAACCAAGAAAGCCGGACGGCCUCGCAAGAACGAGGUUGCCCCUAAAUCCCCAACUAAACAGCGCCGCCGACCUGCGGCUACGAAAGCCACCGCGAACAAUGUCACGGCAUCUGCAGCUCCAGCCCCAGCCCAAGCACGCGCGAAGAAACCAGCCCAGUCAAAGGAGCCCGUCACACUCAACGAGCGCUCCUACUUUCGUCUUAACGUCUUCGUCUGCGGAGAAGGCUCGAACUCCGAGCUUGGCUUGGGCCCUUCAAAGCGCUCGAUUGACGUCAAGCGUCCCCGUCUCAAUAGGCUUCUUGACCCCAGCUCGGUCGAAGUCGUGACCGUCGGCGCUGGUGGUAUGCACGUCGCAGUCGGUACCGCCAAAGGGAAUGUUUUGACUUGGGGUGUGAAUGACAACGGCGCUCUUGGACGUGACACCGAAUGGGACGGUGGUAUGAAGGACGUGGACGAAGAAUCCGAGAGUGACGAGGACCAAGACGAUAGCGGUCUCAAUCCGAAAGAAUGUACUCCAGCACAGGUCGAACUUCCUGAAGACGUUACCAUUGCCAAGGUCUCUGCUGGCGACAGUCACACGCUGGCACUCACAGACGACGGGAACGUUUAUGGUUGGGGUACCUUUCGUAACUCAUCCGGCAUACUUGGCUUCUACCAAGAUCCUUCCUUCAUUCACCGCCGCGAUGGUAACACUACCGGAAAAGGCUUCAUCUUUACUCAGAACACACCGCGCCUCUACGUCGAGCUAAAGGAUAUCGUGGAUAUCAAGUCUGGUGCAAACUUUGCAAUGGCACUCACUGCGAAAGGUUUAAUCUAUAUCUGGGGCUGUGGCGAACAAAAUCAACUCGGGCGUCAUAUCAACGAACGUAUUGAUGUCGAAAGCAAAGGCUGCCUCGCCCCAUCUCUCCUCCGCACCGGCCACAAGAAGUUCAGAGCGAUCUUCAAUGGCGCCGACCACGCUUUCGCCAUCGACUCGCAGAAUAAGGUCUGGUCCUGGGGACUCAAUAGUUUUGGCGCCACCGGUAUUUCGAAUGACGCCGGAAAAGACCGUGCAACUGUUUACACCCCCACUCUGGUCAAAUCCCUCAAUCAAGAUCCGACCGAUCCUGUGAUCUUCCUCUGUGGCGGCCAGCAUCACUCUAUCGCUGUCACUGAAUCCGGCACGCCUUUUGUGUUCGGUCGCAUCGACGGUUUCCAAGCUGGUAUUGACCCUGCCUCAUUUCCCGACUCCGAUGUCAUCAAGGACGAGAGCGGCAAUCCCCGCAUCCUCAUCAAACCUACAGAGAUUCCCAACGUUGGUAAAGUAAAGUACGCUGCUUGUGGAACCGAUCACUCCCUUGUCAUCGACGAUGAAGGCCAUAUCUGGACUUGGGGCAUUAGUGUCACUUACCAGACUGGACAAGGCACUGAAGAUGAUGUCGAGCAACCAACCAAAAUUCAAACCACGGCCACCAGCUCAGAGCAAUUCAUUUGGUGCGGUGCUGGAGGUCAGUAUUCGAUGUUCGCAAGCGUUGAUCACCCUGGGCCUAUUCCGCCCCCAAGACAAUAUUUUGCCCAGAAGAAGGGUGCCAACGGACACGUCAACAAGACCAACAAUAUCGGCGGUUUCGUUGAUGGUGGCAUUGACCCAAAGGCACACGUCAACAAUACAAAUCAUGUUAAGAACGCCAGCAAUACUACCAAUGCCAAUGGUUUCGUUGAGGGUGGUGUUGAUCCAAUGGUCGGUAUCAUUACUGGCAAUAAUGAGGACAGUGAUCAGGCGAUGAUGAGCGGGGGUCUUGGUGGGAAUGUCGACUCCGAAGACUCUGAGUAG